GGAAUUACUGUCAUUGUCAACCUCGGCACACAAAAUUCCAUUCGUAAUCGAUUUUCCGACACCGAUUCAUAUUCCCUUCGAUAUUGCGAAACUGAUCYAUCCAUCCUUCCAUCCACCGAUCCAUCCAUCAUCGCAACAUGUUUUUCCACAAGAUUCUCCUCUCGGUAGUUGCCGGGCUUUCGCUGCUGGCGUCGUCUGUGAGUUCCCAGCAAAUCCGUGGUCAUCCCCAGCCCGCAGCACGCAACCUGCAGGUGCCCGAGGUUUGCGUCCCCGAGCCGAUCCGUACCCUAGCAAACGGCACCGAUGUCUUUGCGGAAAAAAAGUUCCUCGUCGUCUUUUUGGCCGAGCCCCAGAACCGCACCAACUUUAUUGAUGUCCUCGCCCUGCAAAAAACGGCACCCACCGCCUACGACGAUUCUGUUGACUGUUCCCUCUCUGAGGGAUCCAUCCGGUCCCUCAAGAAUUGCACCGUGGUGACCCGAAACAUCAUCUACGAGGAGGCUUCCCUGCUGAUGGAGUGCCUGGAAUACUCCUCGAACUCCCUGGACGGCAGCAGCUUCGUGGUCACCAAGAACUCCUACACGCAGGAUCCCUACUGCGGUUGCCAGUGCGCCGGGGACGAUGGGGUCUCCUUCCAGGCUUUCAAGCAGCCCAACGGGACCUGCACUGGCUCCUGUCCCUGCUCCGGGCCCCGGCCGGAAUGCAACUGCCCUGCCCCCAACAACGCCACACUCGUGGAAAACUGGAACACCCUCUACCAAAACGCAUCGGAUGCCCUCGGUGUGAACGUGACCAUAGUCAACGCCACGGACGUAAGGGUCCUCCAAAACUGCGUCAAUACAUUCAACUACACCUACAACGCCACGUCCGUCUGCCUUCCCGCGCCGGAGACGAACCCGCCCACCCACGCUCCCACCCGGUCGCCUACGAAACGGCCCACCAAGAGACCGACGAAGCGACCGACCAAGAGACCCACCAAGAGACCGACGAAGCGACCAACAAAGCGUCCCACUAAGAGACCCACUAAAAGACCUACAAAGAGGCCAACCAAGAACCCAACCAAGAGCCCUACCGGAGCUCCAUCGGCUACCCCGACAAAGGCCCUAUCCAUUUGUGAGUACGAAAUAUCGACUGGUUUUCGGCGGUAUACUUUGCUAUACGGGGGAUCGCUUCGAUGCCGCCUUUUCGCAUCCUGUUGUCUGGUCUCUUUCGUCCUCUUGAUUAGGACUGACAGAUUUUUACUCACCCCUUUCCCCCCACAUUUUGAAUCAUUCUAUAUCGUUGCCUCCUCAAACCACCAGGCGAUAAGGUUUGUGCGAAUCCUCUCUACAGUACACUCUGCGCAUUGCUGACGGAGUUCGAUCUCUGUGCCGACGAUGCGCUCGGUGACCUGACCUCGACCUUUACGCUUUUUGCCCCUGUCGACUCGGCCUUCGCCGGAAUCGACCGAGCCGUGGUCUCCGAUGGUGAGAUCCUGGAGAUCUUGUUCUUGCACGUUCUCCCUAACGUGGCCGAGACUUUUGACAGCCUGGUGUGCAACAAGAUCUACAAGACUCUUCUCGAUGGACAGAGCACCGAGACCCUCUGCAUGGAAUCUAUUGACCCCGCUGUUCCAAUCUACAAGUUUCAGAAGGGAGCCGGAAACCAGGGAGUGGAGUUCGAACUGCCUCUCGUUUCGAUGACCGUCGACGAAGCCUCCAACGGCAACAUUCUCGGUGUUGACAAGCUCAUCCUCCCACCCCUCGGACCAAUCGGUACGUAACACGCCAGAGCCAAAAGCCGACAUGGCCCUCCACACCUGUCAUGGCUUCCACGUUUAUCCGGGAACAUAUUUCAAAGCAAGCUUUCACUGACCAAAUUUUKUUUGUUUGCGUUUGGCUCCUUCUCUUAUCUGUCUGGUUGCCUUUACCGUAUCCAGGGGACGAGCUCUGUCGCGAGGGCACCGAAUACACCAUCCUGUGCUUUUAUCUGGAACAAACCGGGCUUCUCUCCUCACUAAGCGAUCUGAGUGGUAUCACCCUCUUCGCCCCCACCGACGAGGCGUUUCAAAAUACCAGGCCCGAGAACCUCGAUUCCAACAACAUCGAAACCCUUCUCCUGACCCACGUCAUGCCCGAGGUCCAUCUCCCACCAACCCUCGCGUGCGGAGGCAUCUAUCCAACCCUUGCGGACGACCAAACCACCGAGACGACCUGCGUAGACGGGUCCGACAUCAAGCGCCAGAUGGGGCUGGGGAACCACCCCAACAGAAACCGACCGAGGCUCAUCGAGCCGGUGUACGCUUACGGCAACGGGAACGUCAUCACCGUGAAGGAUCUGAUCCUGCCUUCUGCUACGGAGACGCGGGGGCCGACCCUGAGCCCCACCAAGUCGCCGGCUCCCACAACGAUCUUCACGUUCCGGCCGCAGUAAGAAAUUCCUCCGUCCGAAUUAUAGUUCACACUCUACAUUUUGACGCAAUCGAUUUUCAACAUCUCUACUGAACACGAGGAACAGAAUCGUCUGCGCAUAGUUCUAAAGUUUUUUUCCGUCAUC